UCAAGACCUACGCAACGAAUUUAAAUUGAUUUGUAUUAAAACCCUACUUUUAAGCGGGUCUCGCUUUUUUACACCACUUUCCUAUUCUACUUUCAGCAACAUGUAUCUGUGCAACAUUUGAAAUCACAUUACCAUGACAAAAACAAAAAAGUUUAAAGCAGCUGCCGCAAAAGUGAAGGUUGCAUUGCUUACUACAUACUGUUGCUGUUGUUAUUAUUGUCACAUUGCAUAUGCUACACAGAAAAGGCUUGUUCACAAUUAAUGCUCUAAUAAAGCGCUUGAGAGGCUUAAAGAAACUGAAAGAAAGAUACAUAUGUAUUCGCAUCGGAAGAAAUCUGCUAAGAAUGUUGUAAAAGUUGUAAAAGUGAAACAUCAUUCGGUGCGUGGAGACCAUCAGUUUGGCGCUGACAACAGUCUAGACUGUGGCUUCCGUUCAAAACGUUUCAUUAGCGGACAUAGCAGCUAUGCAGCAACAAUUGUUGCUGGUCAAUUUGAGCAUUUGCACCACAUUAGUGGGUGUGGUUGUGUCAUAUGUUAGCGACUUUGUCACGUUGCGAGUACAAAAUAAUUGGUCACUGGAGGAUAUCAGUACUGCAUCGGAAAAUAAUUAUAAAGUGUUAAGUGGGUCGAGAGAGUGGACACGUUAUGCCGAUAUAUCCGAUUAUUAUGGCUUACGCUAUAGGCCUUUGCAUCAAAUGCCACGCUUGCUGUGGCAUAAACAGCCGCAGGUCGACAUACCAACGGACUCUGCCCCUACAAGCACGGCGGAUGCUGAUACUAGUGAAGCGGAUGCAGCAGAUGAGUACGAUGAGCAAGAUUCAGAAGAAGAGUUCUUAGAGCAACCAAUAGCUGCAUUGCCUACUGACCGGCCAUCGCCUUCGUCUACAGUGAGGUCAGCACAGAUUGUUACAACACCAACACCAGCUACAGUUGUCAUGACAUUGCCUACAGUCAAUUCUGCCGCAGCUUCAGACACUAUAAACUCCAUCAUGAGACCACCACAAAUUGGAAAUGCCAUAAAGCAGUUGCUCUUUCAUGGCUCCCCUUUCGCGCUCAAUCUGUUGCAGCAGCAAAACCGUGGCAACAAAACGAAAUCAAAGGGGUUCCUCAGUCUCUUCGAAGUCAUCAAAUUCGAGAAUACCAAGUGCUCGGUGGCCAUGGGUGAGAUUGAUGUACGCGUACGGGCUAUGGAGGGAAUUUGCUAUCACGAGUUUGAGUGCAAAAGUUUAGGCGGCAUACCGACGGAGGCGUGCGCAGAUGGUAUGGGCGUGUGUUGUGUAUUUUUGACUGGCUGUGGCGGUACAACCAAACAAUCGGUGGUUUACUUUGAGAGCCCUAACUAUCCGGAACCAGUGCGUGAAAUGUUGAUAUGUGUGUUGAUCAUCAACUUGCGGGACAAUGUGCAACAGUUGCGACUCGAUUUUAUCAUGUUUGAGCUGAAUCGACCUACUGAUGGCGACUGCAUGGAUGACCAGUUUAUCGUAUCCGGCCAGAAUAUAAAUUUUGUCGUGCCCAUACUUUGUGGAAUUAAUACAGGCCAACAUAUAUAUGUUGAUGUAACCAAUUCCUUUGAGAAGAAAAUAUAUCUCUCGUUUAUCACUAAAGUAGCCGCAGGUGACCGGUCCUUCAAUAUAAAAAUAGUACAGCUCGAAAACGAUCUUGCUCCGGAGGGUUGUUUGCAGUUUUACCCAGAAACUGAAGGCGUUGUGAAGUCAUUCAACUAUGAUUCGGCAGGCACCUUUGUUAACACUGUUGGAGCGACAUAUCUGAAUAAUUUAAAUUAUGCCAUCUGUCUACUACGGGCCAAGGAUAUGUGCUCGGUUAAUUAUAACACCGAGCAAAUUGGUGGCGAUCAAUUGGAUUUUCAAAUCGUUAAUAAAGACGAAGAUGCAGUGGACUUGGUGCCCGAUGGUCAGGCGGGUGCUGGCAUUUUCAAUUGCCCCGAUGACUAUAUCGCCAUCAACCAAGUGCGCCUCUGUGGUGAGCGUUUCAACGAUGGCAUCGUUUCAGAUGACUUCACACAAAAUGCUCCGGUUAAGGAUGUCGCGGCGGGACCAAUUAUAUUACCAGUGCGCAGCGAUGACGAGUAUGUGGGUCGUGGCUUUCGCCUUGUCUACAAGCAGGAGCUAUGCGCCUAAGGUGUACCAAAUUUUUGGAAUGCAUUUGCAUACAUACCCGCCUGUGCCUAUUGCUACUAUGUAUGUACCCUUUAUAUGUUAUACUCGUAACUUAUGAUUUUUUACGGUAAAGAAAUUUGUAAAUUUGCAUGUGGCAAAGUAAAAAAGUGUAAACACAUGACAAAUUUCGU